AUGAGUUCGUCGAUGCCCUUGGUGGGCCACAGCCUGGCCAUCUUCGUGGUGUCGGUGGUAAUGAUGUGUGUGGCCACCAUUGCCGUGGCGUUGCGCAUCUUCGUCCGGGUCUAUCUGGUGCGGGCCUUUGGCUGGGAUGAUGCGCUGAUGAUGGUCGCUCUGGCCCUCUUUAUCUUCCUAGAUGUCUGCUGCAUCAUUGGAUCCCAGAACGGCAUCGGCCAUAAGAACGAGGACUUUACGGAUCUAAACACGUACGAGAAAGCGCUGCUGUGGUGGUGGCUCGGACAAAUGUUAUAUCUUUGGUCCUCCGCCGUGGCCAAGAUCUCCAUCGCCCUCGCCCUGCUGCGGCUGACGGUGCGCCGCAUGCAUCGCAUCGUCCUGUGGGUCAUUAUCGGGGUUGUCAUUGCCAUCGGACUGAUGUUCUGGCUGGUCCUUUUGCUGGAUUGCCGUCCGGUGUCUUACUUUUGGCUGCGUGUCGAUCUAACGCACUCCGGCACCUGCCAGCCCGUCCGGGUUCUCCUGGCCAUUGCCUAUUUGUAUAGUGGCAUUACCAUCUUCUGUGAUCUCACGCUGGGCAUCCUGCCCAUGUUCUUGAUUUGGCGUCUGCAAAUGAACGACCGGACGAAAAUUGCCCUGGGAGGGAUUCUGAGCCUAGGAGCGGUGGCGAGCGUCGCGGUCAUUAUCCGGCUCCCCUUCCUCCACAACUACGAAGACAUCAACUUUCUCUACUCCACGUACCAAAUCGCCGUUUGGUCCAUCAUGGAAACCGGCCUCGGCAUCACGGCCGGCAGUCUCGUCACCCUGCGCGCGUUAUUCCGAUGGUUUCUCGACGGCAACGCCUACUACGGGCGUCACGGCCGGGGCGGCAAACCCAGUGGCGGCCCGUAUCCCCUGUCCAGCCUGACGGGCGACGCGUCGAAGAAAGGCUCGCGCGAUCCCAGCUACUGGCGUCCGGAUCUGGUUCCGGACAAGUUGAAUAAUCUGACCGUGACGACGGUGUCGUCGCCGCUGGCGCGGAGUCCGUUGAGUGAGGCUAAUAGCAGCCAGGAGGUGUUGAACCCAGAUGUGGAGGCCUGGCAGGUGCGGAAUCAUGUCAGUGUUCAUCGGACGUUUCAGGUGUCGGCGGGCGAGUAG